CGUCCCUCGCUCCGGCGGCACCUCCCCAUUCCCCUCCCUCGGCCCGCCCGUGUCCGCCCCGCCGGAUGGCGGCGGCGGGCGCGGCGGCCGCCCCGGCGCUUUAUGCGUGCACCAAGUGCAACCAGCGGUACCCGUUCGAGGAGCUCUCGCAGGGCCAGCAGCUGUGCAAGGAGUGUCGCAUCGCCCACCCCAUCGUGAAGUGCACCUACUGCCGCUCCGAGUUCCAGCAGGAGAGCAAAACCAACACAAUAUGCAAGAAAUGUGCCCAAAAUGUGAAGCAGUUUGGAACGCCCAAGCCUUGUCAGUAUUGUAACAUUAUUGCAGCAUUUAUUGGCACAAAAUGUCAGCGUUGCACCAACUCGGAGAAGAAGUAUGGCCCACCUCAGACAUGUGAGCAGUGCAAACAGCAGUGUGCUUUUGAUCGAAAAGAGGAGGGAAGAAGGAAGGUUGAUGGAAAGUUGUUGUGCUGGCUCUGCACGCUGUCCUACAAGAGAGUGCUGCAGAAGACGAAAGAACAGAGGAAGAGCCUAGGAUCUUCACAUUCUAACUCCUCAUCCUCAUCUCUUACUGAGAAAGACCAGCAUCAUUCAAAACACCACCACCAUCACCACCAUCAUCAUCGCCACAGCAGCAGUCAUCAUAACCAUAAAUCCUCUGCAGCUAUUCAGAAUGAAACUCCAAAGAAAAAACCCAAACUGGAAUCCAAGCCAUCAAAUGGAGAUAGCUCUAUAAAUCAGUCUGCAGACAGUGGAGGGACUGACAACUUUGUCCUCAUAAGUCAGCUGAAAGAAGAAGUAAUGUCACUUAAACGUCUUCUGCAGCAAAGAGAUCAGACUAUUUUAGAGAAAGAUAAAAAGUUGACAGAACUGAAGGCAGACUUCCAGUACCAAGAGUCUAACUUGAGGACAAAGAUGAACAGUAUGGAGAAAGCUCACAAGGAAACUGUGGAACAGUUGCAGGCCAAAAACAGAGAACUGCUCAAACAGGUUGCAGCAUUGUCAAAGGGUAAAAAGUUUGAUAAAAGUGGAAGUAUCCUUACAUCUCCUUGAGGAACUGGUUAUUCGUGGGGUUUGCUGCUCAAUGUACAUUUGAGUAAUUCUGUGAAGCCCUUAAAAUCCUGUGUAGUGGAAAAAAUAUUUUUGCACACCAGAUUAGUUGGCAUGUUUCCUACAUGUUUUUAUAAUUAAUAUGCAGCUUUUUUUAGUUCCUGUUCAGAUGAAAUACUUCAACUGGAUUGAAGAAUGUUUUUAUUUUUUUGAUAUUGGAAACUUUCUGCCAGCAAUAGUAUUAAACAAUUGCAUAGAGAACAUUGCAGUGCUUUCUCUAAAAGGACAACAUGCAAUAACAAACUAGGUGUACUUUUUACAAAGUAGCAACUGAGUCUUUUAAACUACACUGAUGUCAGCCAAACGUUUAUGAAUCUGCAGUGACACUGAACACUGGUUUCUGGCAACUGUUCUUUUACUUUGUAUCAAAAUAUAAAUUUAGAAUGGAAAUCAUGGUGCUCUCAAACUCAAAAGAGGCAUUUAUGUAUGUGUAAAUACGACUGUAAUGGUUAUAUUCUUAGUUAUAACAAGUAAUUAGUGUUUUACAUUCUUGUGAUAGGGAUUGACAGAAAGAUUAUCUAUUGUACAGUAACAGAGGCAGUGUGGUUUUUGUAAGAUUUACUGUAGAUUUUUCUUGCAAGUGCCUUUCUCCAACUGUUUAUUUAUAGGAAUGUUGGUAUUUUGUACAUAAGGUUUUUAUGUUUUAAAAUCAUGUUUAAUAAAUGUUUUAUGUAAAUAUAAAUGUGUGUACAGAGGAAUCUGAAACAAAGAUCAAAGUGGCUAGUGCAGUGCUCAAAGCAGCAUUAAGAGCUAGCUAGCUAAUUGAUGGACAGUGAAUUUGGCUUUAGAUAACUGUCGUAGCUUGUGUCUGUGAGGUGUAGAAUUUUGUUAGUGCUGCUCAUGCCGAACAUUUCCUGAACAAAAAAACCAAAUUAUUUUUUUUUCCACGCUGGAAUUUUGUGUUUUGUUUAUAAAUUUUCCCCAUUUGGCACAGCACCAAUUUUAAUUCCACAGCAGGCAUUGUACUCCCAAUGUUACAUCCUUAACUAGGGAUAUACACUCAAAGUUUUAAAAACGUUUAUUUCCCAUUGUUGUCUGAGUUAAUGUACUUAGUUGUAACUUAUGGUGAUUCUCCUUAAUAAAUUGCAAGGUUCACAUCUGCCAGUAAAGAUACACAAUGAGAAAAGAGUAGCCAAAACCAGUGGCCUUUAAAUUAAUUGAGUGGACGUAGCGUCAAAGGGUGGGUUGUUCUAAUGUUUUGGGUGGAUUUUGAUUCUAAAUUAUAUCAAUUUAAAUUUAGCUCUGCUCCCAACGGACAUUAGUCAUAUUCAGAAAUUUCUAUUAAACAAUAAUUUAGUAUACCCCAAGGUCUCUGUUCAGGAAGGUAAGUUAUGAAUCAGCAUAAAGGGAAGUAGACUUAGGUGGGUGAAGGUUUAGGUCAGCUCUGGGUACUGGCUGGUAACAGGGUAGCUGUUGAUAUUUCAGUAAGCUUAAUUGUGUAAAAGCAGCUACACAUUUUUAAUUAAAGAACUAAAAUCUAUAGUCCUUUGGCUUUUCACCCAGGUACUGAACUAUGAACACCUUUUCAAUAGCUUAAAUGAGUUCCAGCAGUGACAGACUACUGAAAAAUAUGAAAAACUCAAGCUACCUUGUUUCAUAUGGUAUAUGUGUAUUUUUAUACCCUAAAAUCAACUUUGUAUGUUUAUAAAUGCUCUUCUUUAAACUUACUGAACUAGGGUAGAGAAUGCUACUAUUCUUUGGGGUUGUUAUUAAUUUUUUAAAUAUACAAAUUUAUGACUUUUAUUAAUUCAGAAUUAGUAUUUGGGUCAUUUUUUUCCAGUUGAGUGGUGACCCAGGUUUGAUGAAAUUGGUUUUAAAAUACAAAAAUGCAUAGCAAAAUGAAAUGUUCGAAUUAAGGUUACUUAAUGAUAUCAGUUCAAGCCGCAGUCAGGACAUUUUAAAUAAACAAACUGAAGUUCUGUAUUAGAAGUAAUCGACUUCAUAAAUCUCAGAAAAAUUUUUAGGAGCUUCACAGUGUUUAGUUCUUAUUAAAUACCUGUGGGUAUUCUUCCAUAAUCUAAUUUUUAACAUUAAUUUUUUAAAGUUGUUAACUAGCCAAGUGAAUCCUGGUCCUGAGAAUCAUGUCCUGGAGCUGUAGAUUACUGACAUAAUAAACAGAUGUUCUUGAAACGUGGAUCUGCAAGGAGAUUGUUGUACUGUAUUGUGCUUUUUAGCCUGUUUCCAGAUGUUGAUUAGCAUUGACCAGUAAUGGCCAUUUUGGGUCAGGUUAUUUAUGUAUUUUAAGCCUGUGAAUAUUGCGACCCCCUUUUAGAUAGUAUGUCUAAAUACUUGUUCUGCAGUGAAGCUAUUCAGCUGUCCACAUGUAUAGACUAUUGAAAUACUGUACUGGCACACAUCUGACCGUUGACAUUUUGUACCUUUUCUAAAUCCAAUGUUUCACAAUAAAAUCUUGUCAAAACAU